AUGGAACACAUCGAGAAUAUCACAAACUUUGUCAGAUUGGCUGCUGAUGAUAACUCUGGAUCUUUACCAGGCUCAUUAUUCAUCGACGCAUCGAAAAAUAAGAGAAUUUCUGGGUAUCUCGCCCUCUCCCUAAGCCUGAUUAUCCUGGUCCUUUUGGUCAUUCCUUCGCUUAAGACAUCUGGGAAUGCACUGGUAGAUGCUCCGGUUAUUGGCAGCAAAUGGCCGUGGUUCAAUCGGUUGGAAUUUCUAAGAGAUGCAAACACGCCUAUCCGAGAAGGCUACCGGAAAUUCAAAUCUGGGAUCUUCAAGGUUAUAGGCAACGAGAUCUUAGUAAUCCCUAAUAAGUACGUGGAUGAGUUACGCAGUCUGCCUGAACAUAAGCUCAGUUCCAUCGUUGCGAAUAUCGAUAACUUUCAGGGCGCCUUUUCAACCAUUGACAUCUUGCUUGAAGGCGACUUGCACACACAUACAAUACAGACGAGAUUAACGCCCAAGCUGGGCACAUUCAUCCAGCCAAUCUGCAAAGAGAUUCGAAAAUCCCUUCCAGUCGAACUCGCCUCUUCUGAGACUCAAUGGGCAAAGCACAAAGCAUUCGAUGUUAUUGUCAGACUCAUUGCCCGGAACUUUGCGCGCACAGCCGUCGCACCCAUGUAUGACAAUCCGGAGUGGCUCGCCAUCAACGUGAAGUAUCCCGAAAACGUCUUCAAAUGUGUCAUCUUGAUGAGACUAGUCCCCAACUACCUGAAAGGCCUCGCAGCAUGGGUGAUCCCUUGGACCUGGAAAGUGUCCUGGAAUCUCCGUGGAGCGCUAAGACUUGUGGUUCCGAUUGUCGAAGAACGGCAGGCUGCCUUGGCUCGCCAUAUCCAGGACCCGUCAAGCACUUAUGAGCCGCCGAAUGAUCUUUUGCAGUGGAUGAUGGAAGAAGCGACAUCUCCUCGCGACGCGCGCCCGGAUAAGCUGGUGCAUAGACUUCUAGUAUUGGCAAUGGCGUCGGUACAUACCACAAGUAUGGCAUGCGCUCAGGCGUUCUUCGAUCUCUGUGAGCAUCCUGAGUAUUUGGAAGACCUUCGCGAGGAGAUCCUAGGCGCACUGAGAACAGAUAAUGGAUGGAAGAAAACAACAUUGACGCGGAUGCGCAAACUUGAUAGCUUCAUGCGAGAAAGCCAGCGUUUGAACCCACCAAGUCUGACCGGUUUCAAACGACAGGUCAUGGAGCCUAUGACAUUAUCCGAUGGUUUGUUCCUCCCAAAAGGAGUUCAUCUCGUCAUGCCCAUAGUCCCUAUCGCUCAAGACGAGUCGGUCACAGGAUACCCGCUCGAGUUCGACGGCUUCAGACAUUAUCGCAGACGAGAUGAGCCUGGAAAUGCGCACAAGUAUCAGUUUGCCACGACCGACAAGGACAACAUGCACUUUGGCCAUGGGAAAUUUAGCUGUCCAGGCAGAUUUUUCGCCUCAAACACUAUCAAGAUUAUAUUGGCACAUCUGAUUCUCCACUAUGACUUCAGAUACCCUGAAGGCCAAGGACGACCCAAGAAUGUAUGUCUACAUGAAUACAUAUUCCCUGACCCUGAAGCGCAAGUGGAAUUUCGAAGGAAGACCCUCGAAGACCCGGAUAUCGUAGCAUUCGAAGUCUAA